UCUCACCAAUAGCUGUCAGAAACGUGGUUAGAAAAGUCUGGUCUGUGUUGGCACUAUACAGGAAGUUAAGAGUGUGUUGUUCUAUAGCAGUUCUUACAAGCCAAUAAUGGGAUACUAAUGUUUUCGGAUAUCUGGGGUGAGUCAGGUGUGCCAGGCUGCUUGGAGGAUCUGACUCGAAGAUGAUUUUCAGGAGUAAACUAAUGUGGUGGUGUGUGUUGUUGACAUACUGUACGAUGGUGAAUUGCCGUGGUCUGAUAACACUCCAGAAGGAACCAGUUCCUCUGAAAAGCAUCGAGGUGGAGGUGGAGGUGAGGGACCAUGUGGCUACAGUGGUCUCCACUCUGAACUAUGAGAACAAGGAGGACAAACCAAUAGAGGCAGUUUUUGUCUUCCCUCUGCCUGGAGAUGCUGCUGUCUGUCAUUUCAGUGCUAAGAUUGGACAAAAAGAGAUUGUAGCUGAGGUGAAGGAGAAACAGAAGGCUCGUGAGGAGUAUGAUGAUGCACUGAGCUCCGGUCAGCAGGCCUUCCUGUUGGAGGAGAGUGAGCAGAGUCCAGAUAUAUUCUCUCUGAGUGUGGGCAGCCUGCCUCCAGGAGAGAGCGCCUCCAUCAGGCUGGAGUACGUCACUGAGCUGGCUGUGCAGGCUGAUGAUGGGCUGAGGUUUUGUCUGCCUGCUGUGCUCAACCCUCGCUACCAACCUCAGGGUAGUGAAGGUGCCAGUGUCCAGGUGACCUCUGUUCCAGCCUCUCUGGUGCCCUACAAUCUGUCUUUCUCUGCCCGACUGUCCUCUCCUCGUCCAGUCUCUAAAGUAGAGUCCAGCUGUUCCCUGGAUCCUCUCCAGUACCUCAACACAGAGCAAACCCAGGCCACGGUCAAGUUGGCUGCAGGACACAAGUUUGACAGAGAUGUUGAACUGCUGAUUUAUUACAAAGAUGCCCACCAGCCCACUGCUGUGGUGGAGGCAGGACAGGCGUCUGCCAAGCCUGGCACUCUGAUGGGUGAUCCAGUAGUGAUGCUGAGCCUGUACCCUGAGUUCCCCCAGGCUGUGAUGUCUUCAGUUGCCUCACAUGGAGAGUUUGUGCUCUUAUUGGAUCGAUCUGGCAGUAUGGAAUCGCCUAUGGACAACACUGAGAGUCAGGAUCGCAUUGGCAGUGCCAGGGAUACUCUGCUGCUCUUGUUGAAGAGCUUACCAAUGGGCUGCUAUUUCAACAUCUAUAGUUUCGGGUCCAUCUACGAACGCAUCUUCCCCAAAAGUGUGGAGUACAAUGAGGAGACCAUGGAAGAGGCUCUGAAGAAAGUUGAAGCCAUGAACGCUGACCUGGGAGGAACAGAGAUCCUCGAGCCCCUCAAAGAAAUUUACAGUCAGCCAACCAUUCCCAAUCAACCCAGACAACUAUUUGUCUUUACUGAUGGAGAGGUGGGGAACACCAAACAAGUCAUCAAUCUGGUGAAGAAGAAUUCAGGUUCCCACAGGUGUUUCUCUUUUGGGAUUGGGGAAGGGGCCAGCUCUGCUCUUAUCAACGGGUUGGCCAAGGAAGGAGGAGGUCACGCUCAGUUCAUCACAGGGAAAGAGAGGAUGCAGCCUAAAGUGAUGCAGUCGCUGCGAUUUGCUCUGCAACCAGCUGUGGUGGACGUCUCAGUCAAGUGGGAUGUGCCAAAGGGAGUCUCUGUCACUGUUCUCUCUCCACCAAUCACAGCACUUUUCCAGGGUCAGAGGUCACUGAUUUAUGCCCAGCUGACUGGACAGAGUUCAGAGGCAGCAGAGGGCUGUGUGACGGUGAAGUACAGCCUGGCAGGUCAUCCCUCUCAGAACCAGCUCCACUUCAAUCUCACGCCUGCAGAGGACACUGGAUUAACAGUCCACAGGUUGGCUGCUCGGACUCUGAUUCGCUCCCUGGAGAUGGAGGAGAAAGAGUGCACAGGAGAGCAAGGUGAAGGAGUGAAGAAGAAAGUGGUGGAGGUCAGUGUCCAAUCAGGAGUGAGCAGCGUCUUCACUGCCUUCAUUGCUGUCAACAAAGGCGAUGGCGAGGCGAUUCAGGGACCUCUGGUGCGCAGAAAUGUUCCAACACCAAUGAUGAUGACCCAUGUGCUGAAGAGCUCUAUGAUUCAGUUUGCUCAUUCUCCUGUCAAGAAGAUGAGGGCCCAGAGUAUGGCACAGCAGCUGAGCAAUGAUAUGGAAAAGGAAGAGAUGGGGGCCUGGAGUAUGCCACAGUGGCUAAGUAAGUGGUUUCACGAAGAGUGCUCUGAAAAAGAAGAAAAAGAAGAAUUUUCACUGAAGCAGCCACCCAGAGACCCUUUGCUGCAGUUGAUCUCCCUCCAGAAGGCGUCAGGCAGCUGGGAGCUGGAUUCAGCUCUGGCUGCUGCACUGGGAAAAACCAGCAAGGAGGUGGAAAAGCCAAAGCCUGCAUCGGUGAACCAGGAAGUGUGGGCCACCAUUCUGGCUCUGAUCUGGCUUCAUGGCUCCAAGAUGGAUGCUCAGGAUGAGUGGGAGCUUCUGGCCAUGAAGGCUGUGUCAUGGCUCCGUGCUCAGAAUGCACCAUGUGUGACAGAGUGUGUGGAAGCUGGAAAUACUCUGUUGGGUUUCAACGUGAAGAAAGACGCCCUGGGACUCUGAAGUUUACAUGUGCUUUAGAAACACUAAAUUACAGAUUAAUCCUCAAGCUGUCAGCAUACAUUUCAGGCCAUAUUGUACCAAGAUUAAGAACUGCCUGCUUUAACCAUGAUGUUUUUUGUGUUUUCCUUUUUAAACAUUGUACAUUUUGUAAUGUUAACGGAAGGUUAGUAACAGCUGAGUCCGAGGGUUGUUUGUGCCUUAAAAUGAAUAUUACAUUUCAGUUGACAUCUUGCACUCAGGCUGCACACAGUUUUCUAUGGGGUGCCAUUUGUAAAGUGUCUCACGCUGAAAAUAACAUCAACAUUUUGCCACAUUUAGCUUCAAACAAUGUUUAAAAAAGUGUUGUGAAUUUUUUUAACGUCACCUUUUACCACAUUUACAGCAAUAUUUGUUAACUUAAAAAUAUAUGAAAUAGUUAAAUCUAAAUAUUAAAUGUGGCACCUAAAUGUUAAAUGUUAAAUCUAAAUAUAAAUCUAAAUCUAAAUGUGAAAUCUAAAUGCUAAUUUUAAAUAUUAAAUCUAAAUCUAAAUUCAUUCAUUCAUCUUCUAACCGCUUCAUCCUCUUGAGGGUCGCGGGGGGGCUGGAGCCUAUCCCAGCUGACAUCGGGCGAGAGGCAGGGUACACCCUGGACAGGUCGCCAGACUAUCGCAGGGCUGACACAUAGAGACAAACAACCAUUCACACUCACAUUCACACCUACGGACAAUUUAGAGUUAUCAAUUAACCUAGUCCCCAAUCUGCAUGUCUUUGGACUGUGGGAGGAAGCCGGAGUACCCGGAGAGAACCCACGCUGACAUGGGGAGAACAUGCAAACUCCGCACAGAAGGGCUCCCAUACCUGGGAUCGAACCGGCAACCCUCUUGCUGUGAGGCGAGAGUGCUAACCACCACACCACCGUGCCGCCCUUAAAUCUAAAUAUUAAAUCUAAAUCUAAAUCUAAAUGUUAAAUCUAAAUGCUGAAUCUAAAUCUAAAUGUUAAAUCUCAGUGCUAAAUCUAAAUCUAAAUGUUAAAUGUUAAAUCUAAAUGUUCUGGGUGAAACUAAAUAUCUAGCUGAUAUGCAAAUUCACACCGCCGGUCACCGGAAGUACCAAAAUAAAAGCUUGAGAUGGUCAGACUGUGUUUAUAGAAUCAAAUAAUGAAUUAAAACCAAUUUAUCGGGGGAAAUGAACACUUGAACAUACAUUAGCGUGAUAACUGAAUAACUAAAUAACUCUGAAUAACUACCUAAAAUAACAAAAAACAUGUUUGGAGAAAGUUUAUUAGACGUGUACUUUGAGUUGUUAGUGUCCCUUCGGAGGGAUUGGGAAUCGCCUGGUUGUUUACAAAUACCUCCGAGUUAUCGUAGAUUAGCUGGGCUAACCAGUAGCCCCGUUAGUGGUGUCUGUAAUAACUCAAUAAACGAUCCGUGAAAAAUUUUUUUUUCCAGCGGUUGUCUUAGUUACAACAUGAUUGAGCUAGCAAAGCAGUUUUGUGUUGCUACGUGUGGUAUUUAUUCAGUUUAGAAAGUAUUAGAAAGUAUUUAGAAAGCAUCAGUGGCAGCAGCUGACAGGGACAGCUAACAGCAGCAGCAAAGCUAACAUCAGGACGUGAUCUGUUAAAAGCCUCCUGUUGUUGGAUACGACAUGAAACUACUCCAGUUAGCUCAGUAAUGUUGUAACUAAGACAUCUGCUGGAAAUUUUUUUUUUUUUUCAGCGCAUUGAGUUAAUGAGUCAUUACAGACACCGCUAACGGGGCUAACAGCUAAUGGUUUUCUAAUGGUUUUCUACCCGGACGUAUUUAUAAACAACACGGCAAUUCCCGAAGGGACACUAACAACUGAAAGUACACGUCAAAUAAACUUUCUCCAAACAUGUUUUUUUGUUAUUUUAUGUAGUUAUUGUCACGCUAAUGUAUGUUCAAGUGUUCAUUUCCCCCGAUAAGUUGGUUUUAAUUAGUGAGCCGAGUCUUUGAACCGGCUCUUUGAAGUGAAUGAGUGAACCGGUUCUUUAGAGUGUACGAGCCAGUUCCUAAUUUCUUUGUUUGUUGCUUUAAUUUACUCUGUAUCCAUUAAUCUCAGAUUAUUUGAUCUGGAACAAGUUGAGAAAGACUAGUUUGUGAGGGAGAAAGACAGUGCAGCCGCUCACUUCAAAGAGCUGGUUCAAUGACAGUCUGUGGAGUCUAUUCUGGGCCCACGUUACAAUAUCCAGAUCACGUGAUGCGAUAAAUCAACAAUGCGAUUCGUCGCUGAACCCACUAAACUACUAAAGUUUAGAUUUAAUAUUUAGAUUUAACAUUUAACAUUUAGGUGCCACAUUUAAUAUAUAGAUUUAACUAUUUAAUAUAUUUCUAAGUUAACAAAUAUUGCUGUAAAUGUGGUAAAAGGUGAUGUUAAAGAAUUCACAACACUUUUUUAAACAUUGUUUGAAGCUAAAUGUGGCAAAAUGUUGAUGUUAUUUUCAGCGUGAGACACUUUACAAAUGGCACCCCAUAGUUUUCAUCCUUCCUGCAACAAAGUCCCACGUAUAUGGGGUUAUAUUAUACUAACACUCUGUGAUUAAAGUGCAUGUACAUGUC